GAUUUCAUCAUUCUGUCCCUGCUUCACUACUACCGGUCUUUUCGGUCCAUGCGUUUGAGAGCUGCACCCGCCCUGCUGAGGUCCUGCAUCGAGACUGCUGCUCUCUUUGUAGCACCCAGGGCACUGUCAGCGCCGCAUCGGCUCCACCGUCCGCACGAACACAGGCUCUUCUCUUUGUCGGCCUGCUUGUUGAAGAAAAACAAGGAAAGCCUUUGGCAACAGCUUGCAAGAGGAAGAAGUAUGGACGGCAAUAUCGAAGAGGUGCUGGCUCCUCUGAGACAGGCAGUGAAAGAGCAGGGUGACUUGGUGCGCAGACUGAAGAGUGAGAAUGCCCCUGAUGUGGACAUUAGCAAAGCCGUGGCAGAGUUGAAGGCCCGUAAGAGGAUACUGGAGGCUAAGGAACUAGCCCUCCAGCCCAAGGAUGACAUUGUUGACAGACCCAAAAUGGAGGAUACUCUUAAAAGGAGAUUCUUUUAUGACCAGGCCUUUGCUAUUUAUGGAGGUGUAAGUGGACUGUAUGACUUUGGCCCAGUUGGCUGUGCUCUGAAGAACAACAUUCUUCAGAUCUGGAGGCAGCACUUUAUUCAGGAAGAACAGAUUCUUGAAAUUGACUGUACAAUGUUGACACCGGAGCCAGUUCUUAAGACAUCUGGCCAUGUAGAUAAGUUUGCCGACUACAUGGUGAAAGAUGUCAAGAAUGGAGAGUGUUUCCGUGCAGACCACCUUUUAAAAGCUCACCUUCAGAAACUUAUGUCUGACAAGAAGUGUGCUGCUGAGACGAAAGCAGAAAUGGAAAAUGUCGUGACUCAGUUGGAUAAUUACACCCAAGAAGAGUUAGCAAACCUCUUUGUGAAAUACAAUGUCAAAUCUCCAGUCACAGGAAAUGAUCUGACUCCACCUAUCUCCUUUAACCUGAUGUUCCAGACAUCCAUUGGACCGGGUGGAAACAUGCCAGGCUAUUUGAGGCCUGAAACUGCUCAGGGAAUCUUCCUGAACUUCAAGCGCCUGCUGGAGUUCAACCAGGGCAAACUGCCCUUUGCUGCUGCCCAAAUAGGAAAUUCAUUCAGGAAUGAGAUCUCUCCACGCUCGGGCCUCAUCAGAGUCAGAGAGUUCACCAUGGCAGAAAUAGAGCACUUUGUGGAUCCCAAUGAUAAAAACCAUCCCAAAUUCCAGAACGUGGCCAACUUAGAGAUCAUGCUGUACUCCUCCAAGGCUCAGACCAGUGGUCAGUCUGCACAGAUGAUGAAACUGGGAGACGCAGUUGAGCAGGGUGUGAUCAAUAACUCUGUCCUGGGCUAUUUUAUUGGGAGGAUCUACUUGUACCUGACCAAAGUGGGUAUUUCCAAGGACAAGCUUCGCUUCCGUCAGCACAUGGACAACGAGAUGGCUCACUACGCCUGUGAUUGCUGGGACGCAGAGACGAAAACCUCUUAUGGGUGGAUCGAGAUUGUGGGCUGUGCCGACCGAUCCUGCUAUGACUUGCUUUGCCAUGCCAGGGCUACCAAGGUUCCUCUUGUAGCAGAAAAGCCUCUCAAGGAACCCAAAACUGUAAAUGUUGUCCAGUUUGAGCCAAACAAGGGAGCAAUUGGAAAAGCAUACAAAAGGGAUGCCAAGCUGGCAAUGGACUACCUUGCAAUCUGCGAUGAAUGUUACAUCACAGAGCAGGAAAAACUCCUCAAUGAGAAUGGUGAGUUCACUAUUGAAACUGAAGGAAAGACCUUUAAACUGACCAAAGACAUGGUCAGUGUGAAGAGAUUCCAGAAGACCCUCCAUGUGGAAGAGAUUGUUCCCAAUGUUAUUGAGCCUUCCUUUGGAAUUGGGAGGAUAAUGUACUCUAUUUUCGAACACACAUUCCAUGUCCGAGAAGGUGAUGAACAGAGAACGUAUUUCAGCUUUCCUGCCACAGUAGCUCCAUACAAAUGUUCCGUCCUUCCUUUGAGUCAGAAUCAGGAAUUUGUGCCUUUUGUCCGUGAGCUUUCUGAAGCCCUGACUAGAAACGGCGUCUCCCACAAGAUCGACGAUUCUUCUGGGUCCAUUGGGAGGCGAUAUGCCAGGACAGAUGAAAUUGGUGUAGCUUUUGGCAUUACCAUUGACUUUGACACCGUCAACAAGACUCCUCAUACAGCUACUCUGAGAGACCGUGAUUCCAUGCGCCAGAUCAGAGCUGAGGUUUCAGAGUUGCCUACAAUUGUGCGCGAUUUGGCUAAUGGUUCCACCACAUGGGCAGAAACAGAGAGCAAGUACCCCAUCUUCGAGGGACAGGAGACAAGCAAAAGGGAAGCUACAGAGGAGUAAUUGCUGGCUACCACAUACAAAAAGGAACAAACAUUUGUACUGUUAAAUGUUGAUAGGAAACAUUUUAUCUGAACUGUAAUUUGUUAAAUUACAAUGUACACCAUUUGAAGCCCUCCUUGUUUUACUGCUGCCUUCAGAAUUAUUAUAUAAUAAAAUCAUUGGUAUAUAAUUACAAUGCUUUAAAACAAAUGAAAAACUGCCUGCUUGCUGGCUAUAAAUACAUUAUGUCCAAAGACUAGUAGGAUAUUUAGUUAUGGGUUAAAGUACCUUUGAACCUACAAAGGACUUAAAAUCAGCACAAAAUGUUUAAUGCCAAAGCCUGGCUUGUUGUUAAUGAAUGGCUGUUGAUCUUCAAAAAAAAAAAAAGGGUUAAAGAGUCCUACUGGUCUGGUGGAAUUGCAAAAAACACUGAUCCAGUUUUCGUCGAUUUACAAAAAUUUUGAUGAAUAAUAAAUUCACAUUCAGAGAUAUCUAAAAGCCCAGCAAUUUGAUUGAAGCUGCUAUUUUUCUAAUUGGGUGAAGUGAUCAGAGUUUGUGUCCGGUUCUAUGGAUAACCUAGUUAUCUGAAUGGGCAAACAUAAAAAAAGAGUUAUAGAGAUGUAACAAGCAUGUUUAUGACACCUUCAUCAUGUCAGUGGAGAGUGUACUACCCAUGUAAUAAUAACAUCCAAUGAAUACUAUUAAAGUAAUUUUUAACAUUUAACUCAAACGGUCACUCUUUGCUUGGUGUUUAGUUUUCCCCUCUUUUCCCUCAGCCUUCACUUGCUUUUGGUUUUGGGCAGUACACUGCCGUCCUACCUGGGGCUUAAUGCCAGUCAGACUUGCCAAAUAUCAAGGAGUUAUUGGGAUGGCAGACGUACCUUAAGGGUAAUGCCAAAAGCAAAGUGUAAUGUAUUGUCUAAUAAACCUUGUACGAGUUCCUCUAAAUAAACAUUUGUUUGUGUAAUUA